AUGCCAAGAAAAAAGAAAUCAGUAUUAGAGGAGGAAGAAGAGGAAGACGCAUUUGGUGAUAAUGAAGAUGUGGACGCAGAAGAGAGGGAUAAAUUCUAUAGGGAGGUUAACGAAUUUAUGGAAAAGAGAGGUACUCCGAUCCCUCACGAUAACUUGCCACAACUUGGAGGUCGUCGAUUGAAUGUUUAUAAAUUAUGGCUUCAGGUGUGGGGAAGAGGAGGCUAUGAGGCUGUUUGUGAGAAUAAACAAUGGACUGAAGUGAGAGAUUCCUAUCAAGUACCUAAGACUUGUACCAGUGCAUCAUACAGUUUAAAGAUGUACUAUCAAAAGUGGUUGUACUCUUUUGAACAAGUGAUGAAGUUAGGAAAGGCUGAUCCGAUUCAAAAACAAACACCACACGUACUUGAACAACAAAAACAACAAGCAUCUGGAACAACCACUGUCAAGAAAAUAGCUGCACCAAAAAAGAGACCUCCACCAUCAACAUCUUCAAUGGCACCAAAAUCUAGAAAGAUUGAAAGAGAAGUUAGAAAGAAACCUUCAAAUUCAAUUUUAAAUUUCCACUCAUUACUUCAAUCUAACCAGCAUGCUUUAAAUAAUCGAAAGCAAGCUGAACAUGAUCAUAGCGUUCUGACUAUACAGUCUCUUGCUGGUGCUUUUGAGCAUUAUAGCGACGGGUUCUUUAAUAGAGCAGAUGUCACUGAUGAAAAUAUACUGAAGGAAAUAGAAUAUGCCAGAAGAAUUGAUUGUGGAUUCAAAUCUGAGGAUCAAAAUUUGAAGGAAUGGGCUCUUUAUCAAGUUCUUAGAUUGUCUCAAUUUGAAACAUUCAGAUGUCAUCAUAUUCCUACUUUGGUUGAUGUUUGUGAAGAAUAUUUAUUGGACUACGCAACUCAAGUCGAAAAACAAAAUGCUAUGGAGGAUGGAGAUAUCUUCAAUUUAAAAAAUCAAGAAUAUUUGGAAUCUCAACACAAGGCCUUCAUGGUUAUAACCCUAUUAAGAAAUGCCUCUUUUCUCCCUGACAAUCAACCUUCUAUUGGAAAAUCAAAUUCUCUUAUGGACAUACUUGUAUUCUUUUUGAGAAACAAUAUUAAUGAUAUUUUACAUAUGGAAUGGAGAUUAAGAUUAGUAGACAUUAUCAUCAAUGUAUCAGAGUUUGUAGACUUUUCUGCAAAUGAUAUUCUUGCAAGAUUUAUUUCUAAUACAUUGGACUCUAAGGAAAACGAUUCCAUGCUACUUUCUGCCAGUUGCUUGGAGACUUUAAAUUAUGUUUUAAAGGGCAAGAAUAAUUUAUCUACUAUUGAAAAUGUUUUACAAAACAACCCUAAAAUUAUUGAAACUAUUAUUGGGUUUUUACAAUCUCCAGCAUUUAUCAAGUCUGAAAACCAAAUUGAUUAUGAAGAGGAAAAAGUUGAAGGCGAACCUGAAGACGAGGAUGAAACUAAUGAAAACAAGGAAGAAAUUCAAACUGUUGAGAAACAAAAACAAAAAUCACUUACUUCUAGGCUCACAGAUAUUGAACUUCUCUGUAGAAUGAGUUCAAUCAACUUUUUAUCUAAAUUAGUCGAGUUUACAAACAAUACACAAUUAUUGGAAACUAUUAGUGCUUGUAAUGGAUGUAUAGAUAAAUUAAUUACACUGAUAGUUUGGAAAUCAAACUUGUACAAUAGAAUAGAGCAAUAUCCUUAUUUAAUUUUACAACAAGUGAAAGAGAAUGAAAAAGAUAAGAAUGUAGAAGGAGGUGAAUUGAACAUAUUUAUGAAACAAUCAGAAAGUUUAUUCGAAGAUGCUGAAGAUUAUGAUGAAAAGAAUGAUAUUGAAGAAAUAUAUGAUGGCUAUGAUGGCUGUUUCUCAACGGAGACUCCAACUGAUGAUAGUAAUAUGGUGGACGAAAGCAAGAAGGGUUGCGAUUCUCUCAAAUUCCAAAAGAAGUGUGCCUCCAUUUUACAAUCACUUGCAAAGAAAGUUGGCACUCGUUUACCUCAAUUCACAAGUGGAAAUAGAGAAUUUAUGUAUUUGAUUUUAUUAGGUCAUCCAACAGUUUCGAAAAUACUUUCUUCACUACAAAUUUAA